GUUCCGCUCACCUGUUUGGCAGGAGGUGUUGAACUUUCACCACCAAAGUGGCAUUGAUGAGAUUGACCACCUGUUUGCUGGUCAAUUGCUGUACAUUACCUACGACAUGUAUAAAAUGGAAUUAGCCGAAUUGUCUGCCUGAAUAAUGAAGAGUUACCGAACCGGUUAAAAUAGGAUGUCAACAAGUGACGCAGGAGCUUUGGAGCUCAGAGUUGUAGGAGGAGAGAAAGCUACGCCUCUGUACAGCACAGCACGAGCAACACGGACUACAACUGCAAGAGAACAGCAGGAUGAAACAUUGGGUGAAAGGUUCAAGCAUGAAAAUCAACGUGACGAUGAAACCCCAACUGGACAGCAGUGUCACCAAUCAGCCAUCGGACAGGAAGAAAUACACAAAGCACUAAUAUUAAGGGCGGACAGACUAAGGAAGGAAGAGGCUGCUCACUGUGGUGAUUCAAAGGUCCAGAACCAGAAGCCCAUUGGACCCAGAUUUACCUCCUGCGUCUUCCUCACACUCUCCAGUAACCCAGACUUUGACGAACCAGAACUAAGUCUCAAGAAGAAUUUAGCCCCCUGUCUGCACAGUUUAACUGAAAAACAAAGGACUGAGAACAGCAACUGUCAGGUUAAUGGACAAACAUCACCAUCAGACACCUCUAUAAAGGUAGCCAGUGAAUCUCCAUUAUCUGAAAGGAUACCAUUUUCAGCCAAGAAGAAAGAAGAGGUUAUCACAGUUUUUUGCAAUGAAUUGGAGUCUAACAGGGACUUGAGUAUAACUCACAGUUUCUCAAAUGGGGAGUUUGCACCAUAUGAGUGUAAUGGCUUACACAAACUUCCAUUUGGGCCACAACCAAGGGCUGGCACUAGAUCAGUUGAGUUAGAACAAGAUCUAAAAAACCAUACAAAGCUUGAGAAACAUACUGACCUCCUGGAAUUAUCCAACCCUACUAGAACCAUGUUGUCUCCCGCUGUGGUAACAGUUCUUGCCCCACACCACUGGAAUAGCCGACCAAGACGGACCAAAAGACCUGAGGGAACAGGCAAUUUGGAAGCCCAGUGGAAUUUACAGGAUGAGUCAAAAACAGGCGCAAACCGUCCACAUGAACGCUUUCAGGAGACUGUGGACAAGUCAUUGUCAGGGGAAUCGCAAGCCCAAUCAAGGAUACCAUGUCUGGGUACCAGGAGGAAUACAGUGGGCUGGUCAACUACAAGUGAUCCUGCAAGCUUGAACUAUGAAUCUAAGAGGAAAAUGAUUCAGACCGUCUCUGUGGAUGUAAACUCUGGAAGGAUAGAUAAUAGAAAAAAGGAUGCAGGGGCUGCCAGCCCUGUACACACAGCUGCAUCACCCAUUUCACACCUCUCCAUUGACCCAAAUGAACAAAUGAUGAAUCAACAAACAGGUCCUCAAGGAGGACUGUCAUCUUUAAGUUCAAAACCAAUAACCAGCAGUCUACUUCUGUCUUUAAGAAGAUUCAACUCAAAUGGCAGCAAUUCUAAUGCAGCCUCUACCCUCUCUGAGAUAAAUCCUUCGCCUCUGAACAGUUCACCAAGUCAUCGAGAUGGAAAAUUAUUCUCAACACACCUUUCUCAAAUCUUUCUCAACAAUAAUGGGCAAGAGAGGUCCAAGCCCCUCCUCUCACCAGCGUCCAUUUCAUAUAGGACAACGGAAACUGGGUCUGUCCUUUCCCCAUUAUCCUCCAAUCAAAGGGGAACACGUUUCUUUUUAGCUUCACCCAUGACGUCAUCCCAAGAUGUGGAAGACACACCCUUUACCCAACAACCUCAAACAAUGAAUAGGACCCAGUCCAGUCUUUUAUGUUCAAAGCCAGCAUUUCCAAGUAGAGGCCCAUCAGAGAUGCAAGAGAACUACAGGGUUUCAGAAAAAAGUAUAAACGCAUUCUCAGAGAGCUCUGACUCUUCACCCAGACAUUCCCCAUAUGACCGGUCUGCUCUCCUAAAAACUCAUUCCCUCCCUAGAAGGACCACCCUGACAUCCACUUCCUGGUGGAAAAAAAUUACACAGGAAGACAGUUCCCCUUUAACCCUCAAUGAUACAAUGAACAUCAAAGAAAAACCAAACACACCCUUAGUUCCACCCUGCAAUAAUAAUAAAGACUUGGCCUCCCCAAGUCCAACUGACAACAGAAUAUUUAGUAGUCAAAUCCUCAAUAACAGAGACGACAAUAACACAACACAGUCAGUUUGCAAAGGUAACAUGAACCUUAUUAUGAAGACACAUCUCAAACAAAGAAAUGCUGAGGAUGUACCUGACCACAAAUCAGACAGGCUUGUCAAACAGCAAUAUGGCUCCAAUUUGAACAACAUUGAACCACAAAAGCCUAAUGGUUUACCCGAAGUUUUGACUAGUUCUAAAGUUAGCAGAGCUACAGGGCAAGCCACACUGAGUCACCCUAAAGAUCUCAUCAGGCAUGAUGUAAAUAAUAGUUCAUUUACAGCAAAUGUAGCUGAAUUACCACCUACUUUGCUAAAUCCCAAGAACUCAAAUACACUCAUUGAGCGUAGCAUCAAAUACAAUAAUAAUCAUUGUAUAUCCAAAAACAGCACCCCCGCAUAUUCACACAAGGACUGUCAAAAGUUUAGCGAACCACCUCGUUCUCUUACUACCACCAACGCUCUCAAUAGUCAAGCGCUUACCUCUAAAACUACCGUUGGUUUCCCCCUAACUCCAAACACUAAAACUAGUUCCUCCUUCAACUCUCAUCCAGUUGCUUCACAGACCAAUAUUCAUGCGUCAUCAUACACUGGCUCUUCUUCCCAUACACACAAAUUAACCAACACAGCCAAUGCCACACCUCUUGGCUUUGAAAGAAGCUAUGCUUCACUUCACAAGCCUCUCCACCCUGAAACUGUGUGCAGCCUGAUUCCCACAGUCAAUGCUACCACUAAAACAAACUACAGUCCUGUAUCCGCUGCUUCCACCAGUUAUUAUUUUACCACUGGCAGCCAUCCUGCAGCCACAACUGCCCCCAGCCCAUCUCUCCGUACUCCUCCUGUCACUCCUGCCAUUUCAUCUUCCCCCAUCACUAUCACUGUUUCUUCUGCCUUAACCCCCCCUGCCACCCCUAUUAUUACUAGCCCCAACUACUCAGACACUUCUAGUCCUAAGGAGGGAAGGACAUUCUCAAGCAGCCCAGAAACAGACCUCAAAAAACUGCGCCCCCGUGUAGAGGGAAAGAGAGUGCGACGAGUAACAUGGGAGGACUCAGUGGAUCUGAAGCAUCCUGAGCUCAUCACAAUCGAGAAGCCAGAGCCAUCUCGUGUCCCAAUGAGCCUUCUAUCUCCCUCCAGCUCCCCACAAAGUGUCAAAAAUCCAUCUAUCUUUUCCUUUCUAAGAUCAAGCAGUCCGAUCACAAACACAUAUCCUCUUUGCUCCCCGAGCCCUAGGACCACCAGCAUACAGGUGUUGAAAGGAGGGAAGUAUCGAUCCUUAUCAUCUGACUCCGCUGAUUCAGCUUCCAGAGAGCAAGAGAGGUCUUUGCAAAGACCUAGUGACACUAUGAUCUUUGACCAGGGAAGAUGGGACUUAAUCACACCCAGACAUGAGAGGACACUAUCAGUGGAGUCUGGCACAGUUCAGUACCGUUCUUCUACUCCUCUCUCUCUCCCUCCUGACUUUUCAAGUGGUUAUAAACUUCGAUAUAGCUCCCCACCUUACUCCACUCUCAUGUCUACCAGGUCGACACAGGGAGAAACUAAGACUAUAAUACCAAGAUCACCCCUCUUCCAACAGUCUCAGUCAAAUGUUACCCCACUUCUUUCCAUACGUACUAAUCCAGUUGCAGCCAUGACAUUGUCCAUGUCCAAACCCCCUCUGUCACCUUUCAACCAACCCCAGCCCCUAUCUUUGCCUUUCCAACACAAAAAUGCCACCCAGGGAAGCACAAAAUGUAGGGUUUCAGAAACUGAUCAAGUCAACAAUAAUUACAGUAAUAACAGGAGCCAAAAGUGCCAGAAUGGUCAGAUAUUACUUGUUGACAACAGACUUCAUGAGGCACUCAACUCCUCCUCAACAUGUGUAACUGAAACACUGGUUUACAAUAUUAAAUCUGAAGUAGAUGCAUCUACAGCUGCACCAAAUAACAUCACACCUAAAACUUUGCAACAUACCGCAAACAUGGUUUCUGUGGAGACCAAGUUAAGUCAACAGUCAAACAGAGUGCAGAGUAAGGAAGCUACAAGAGAACAACGUAGUCAUUCAGAUCAGAGUUCCAGUGGCAGCAGCUCAACAGAGAGCCAGACCCCUGGUGAAAGUUCUAACAGAAGAAUGAAAGAGAGUGUACUGGGUAAAAGCAGAUUUUGUUCAGUUGAGAGCCACAAUGAACAAAGCCCAAAGAGAAGCCGGUUUGCACUGAAGAAAAGUGUCAGCACACCAAACUCAGGUUUGCCAAGGUCAGACUCAGAGAGGGCCAGCAAGACCAAUAACAAAAUGGACCAGGUCAUUAACAGACUGAGACAAACAUUCAGCACCAGACGGUCUGAUGAUGAUAUAUUGUUUCCAUGGAAAUGGAAGCGAGCCUCCCAAACACUUUCUGAUAGUGGAUCAAGUGACGUCAACGAUAUCACUGUUGAAAGUACCAAAAAGCUAGAGCAGCAAGAGCAGGAGGAAGGGAUGCUGCUGGAGGACAAUGAAAAAGGAACAAAGGGUAUGAAUAGAUGGUCACAAAACAGAUACACUAUCAUACCCCCCUCAGCUACUGGGAGCUCAAUGGCAAGAGAUGACUUUUGCAUUUGGUCAGACAAAUCAACUCCAGAAACUGACCAAGACGAGCAAAAUGCUUGGGUAGAACACAUGGAAAGUCAAAACCAACCUCAUUUUACAAUCCACAGCCCAACAACACACCAUUUUGACCCUUACAAUGACAACGGGACAGAUUAUAAACCAUCAAACCAGUUCCUCUCUUGUAAGAGCCCUAACACCUCUGCUGAAUAUCCUACUCUGUACAGUAAGUCCACAUCCAGCCCCAGAAGCCCCUUCUCGCCCUUCUCCUCUCUUUCCCCUGUCUCCCCAUUUACCUCACCGGAUGUUACAGAUGACAAUGUCUUCUUUAGCCCAAAGCUACAGCGUCGUAGAGAAUCCCCCUCAACAUGUGAGCCGGGAGGGGGAAUUAACCUUGGGGGUUCAAGAAGAAGCCGGGCAUCCACUGGUCCUCCAAGUGCAGGUCCAGGACAAGACAAGGAAUGCUUGGCAUCCUCCUAUGCAGACUUAAAGUAUGGCAUUGAGCCUAGGAGGUCUUUUUCUGUGAGUUCGGUACUGUCAAGUCGACCCUCAGGGCCCGGUCGGAUCUCCACUGGAUCCAGGUUCAUGAGUGUGGGUGACCUCUCUGAAUCUGCCUUGACUUGUGAAGGCCCUGGUAAGGACUUGGAUCAGUGGUCUGUUAAUCCUGAAUGGACCACAGAAUAUGAUUGCCAACCCAGUAAGGACUGUCGAAUGUCAUAUUUCAACAGCGAUCCUGGUAAAAUGAGAUCGAGAUCGCUUCCUCGAUCACUGACCAGGCGCUUGGCAAAUUGGAGCUCAGAAGUCUCCGCUUCUCCACCUGUAACAACCACAACCUCAAAGCCAGCCCGCCUUUGGAGCCCUAACAUGAACACUUGUCACUUAGCAUGGGAUACAGAGGGCCCUCCAACCCCACCUCUAACCCCUCCCCUAUCCCCAGUGUCCAGACUGAUGUCCAAUCCUCCCAGACUUUCCUCCCCUACCUUUCCCAGCUCGUCAGGAGCAUCACAGCAAGUGGACAGCCAGUCGUCCAGAGGGCUUCUGCCCUCCAGAGGUUAUGUAUCCAGCCUUAGCACCUUUGAUGAGUCUUCAGACAGCAGCUCAGACACAACGACAGAUGAUGAAUAUUACUUAGAAACAGGUGAAGUCGAAGAAAAAGAAAAAGAGACAGAAUUGUGAAAGCAGAACAAUUGCUUUAAAUCCUCCCUUCUGUCAAGUCUCUUUGAUCCUGGACUUCAUUAUCAAGAAAGAUGGACUAACAUCUAUUAUGUGACCUCUUCUGCUUGUCUCCUGUUUUUUCUUCUCUGCUCUUUCUUUGUCACAAAGAAGACGUGAGAACAGUUUAUAUGCUGCAUGAUUUGCUUUUCAAAAGUGGUGGCUGCUGUCACGUCAAAAACUCAUUAUAUGAGCAAGCAUAAUAUUAUCAGCAUAGGUUUAAAGAUUAUGAUGUAUGUACAGUAUACUGUACAGGACUGCACAUCUGCAAUCUGCAUUGUUUAAGAUUUAUAGUUUUGACAGUUGCAUGGUAUCAGAGAGGGGUGUACAUCUUUGUAGUUGUUUGAAUGAUCAAACUACUGUGUAAAGUCAGUUUUUACAUCUUAUCAUAAGGUUUGCAUUUCAUCCUGCUACUUAACAGUGCUGAAGUUAUGUUGAUAAAUGUGCUAUCAUGUGAUAUUCCGUCAUCUGUUUUCUUCUAUGUUUAAAGAUUGAAAUAAAUUGUGGUAAAUUAUUAUUAUUAUUAUUAGUCUUUAUUAAACAAGGACAUUGCAUUAAAAAACACAUUAAUCUCAAAAAGAAAAGAGAUGAUUUAUGCCAGAUUUCCUAUAAUAUAAUGUCCAUCUGCAGUCCCUGGGCAGGUACAGAUACAGCAAUCAAUAAAUGUUGUAAACUUAAAGCAGAUUUAUUUUCUUAGUGUUGUUUGAAUAGUUUAAUAAGUGUUGUUGUUUUUUAUUCUGAGAUGAAAUGUAAUUCUACUGAAUGUUAACAUUAUACAGUGCUUGCUUUUAUUUGCACAGUGGCAAUCUAAAGUCUUAAUAUAUCUAUUUUAUAAAUAAAUGUAUUUCAAACAAUAACUAAUGUUUUUGGAUGUAUGUGUGUUAAAUUAGUGUUUUAUCUUAACAAGUUGGGUACACUCUUGGUGCUGCUUGAUGUCACAUUAUCGAGCCUUAACCAGCAUGGUGUCUCAUCGCAUUAUUUACAAGCCAUCAUAAGUGAAAAGGUUUGCUGAGUAUUGGCAUGACAAACAGAAGAUUUGGUGCCCAAGGCCACAUUCCAGUCUAUAGGCAGGUGGUUUUUAAUGACCAUGUUAAUCACAAUGCUUUGCUGGGUGCUAUCUAAUUUAAAUAGUGUCUGCUUUAGGUGGGGCUUCAACAGUUUCACAUUAUUCAAGUGGGUGUAGCCUUUUUGUUCUUAGCUGUGACAACACAUGAACUGUUUUGGUGAUGGUUUGAUAAAACAUCUAUUACACUGGGUGGAUUGAGUUGUAAAAUUGUUGCUGUAUGUGUAUGUUUGCUGUGUACGUUGUGUCCUUGUUUUUCCAUUCGCUGUGUCAUUUUUACCAGAGAAACUUCCACACUGAGACAAUACAAUCUGCUUCGUAUUAUUAGCAAUGACAUCAACAGGGAAGGGAAAGGCCUGACUGCUUCACAGCAUGUGUCAUCGUCUUCAAAACAAUGAUUUGGAAUCUGUUUUUCCAUCCUACCUUAUGAGAAAAGUACAGCACUGGUAACACUGCAGCAGUGCAACACUUUCUCCAGUCAGCAGCCUCAUCCAGAGCCCUGGGUUCUCUGAGUAAAGUAUUUUUGUAUGGCACUAAGCUGAUAAGAGAGGCUGAUGGAGAGCUUAUCUAGUAUUUUACAAGGCUCCAAUAGGCUGUUCGUUUUGUCUUUGGGAAUAUAGCCGAAUGUACUUGGCUUGUAUACUGGAUGUAUGUAAAGCCCACAGAAAUACAUGUUUUUCUUGUGUAAAAUCUAAGAUAAAUUCUUACUUUAUGGUAUAACAAAUCAACAACCCAAAUACAAAUGAUGCAGACUAGAAAUAAUUAGUAUUUUACCUAAAAGACACAUGACAGCAUUAUCAGCUUUGACCUAACAAUAAACAGUCUGUUUUGAGUUAAAAAAUGUUUUAGCAUUUGAUUGUUUUUUUAAUUUUGUAAUUUCAACAUGCAAUCAAAUAAUCUGUUCCGGUUUACUUCACUUUAGCCUUAUUCAACUGUAUUACUGUGUAGUUAAACUGUAAUACUUGAUUACAUCCCUGAAACAAAUCCUUUAAGUAUUGAAUGUGUUUCACAGUAAGAAAUCUAUUUGAGAUGUAAUAAUUAAAUGAUAAUUUAGUGAUUUUGUACCUCUGAAUUAUGUUUUAACAUGUUGAUGUUCAUUAACCACUGCACUGGACCGAUGCACUACUCCUUCAAAAUAAAAGAUAUUUGAAAAUG